GGCCUGGAGGGGGCGCGGCGGCCGCAAAUCCGAGGGCCCAUAAAAGGGCGGCUCAGAGCGGGCCCCUUUUCUCCUCGCUGAGCCUGCAUUGCUCCCCGCAGCCAAGCGGGCUGGAUCCCCAAGAGUCCCCUGCGCUCCGAAAGGGCGGUGCGCGCUCACUCGGAUCGCGUCCUGCGGUGCGGUUCUGGGGCUCGACUGCCAGCCAUUUGGGGGGACAUGGCCGUGGUGGUAGGAGUGCCGCCCGCCAGGCCAAGCCUGACCUCCAUCUCUUCGGGGGAGUUGCGCAGCCUGUGGACUUGCGACUGCGAGCUGGGGCUUCUGCCACUGCAGCAGCUGCUGCGCCUGCAGCCCGGCGCCUUCCAACUGCGGGGCGACCAGCUGCUGGUGCCCGGCCUCAGGGAGCCCACCGCGGCUCUCGGGGGCUUCAACGUCUUCAGUGACGGCCUCGUGCGCCUAGACGGGCAGUCCUACCGCCUCAGCAGCUACAUCAAGAGAUAUGUGCAAAUGACCAACUACUGCGAUUAUAAAAACUACAGAGAAACCAUAUUGAGCAAACCAAUGCUGUUCUUUAUUAAUGUUCAAACUAAAAAGGACAGCACAAAAGAAAGAACAUAUGCAUUUCUUGUGAACACAAGGCACCCCAAAAUAAGAAAACAGAUAGAAAAUGGGAUGGACAUGGUCAUUUCCUCUGUGAUUGGGGAAAGUUACCGUCUCCAGUUUGAUUUUCAAGAUGUAGUAAAGAAUUUUUUCCCUCCAGAAAAUAAGGUGGUUAAUGCAGAAAAUUUGAGCUUUACCUAUGAAUUCAAAGCUGAUGCCUUAUUUGAUUUCUUCUAUUGGUUUGGGCUCAGCAAUUCCACUGUCAAAGUGAAUGGAAAGGUUUUGAACUUGUCAAGUACAAGUCCAGAAAAGAAGGAGACAAUUAAAUUGUUUCUGGACAAAAUGAGUGAACCGCUGAUUCGAAGGAGUAGUUUCUCUGACCGGAAAUUCAGCGUGACUUCCAGAGGUUCUAUAGAUGACGUUUUUAACUGCAAUCUGUCCCCCAGAUCAUCUCUGACAGAGCCUCUCUUGGCAGAGAUACCAUUUCCAAGUGUUCUGGAAUCUGACGAAACACCCAACCAAUUUGUCUGAUCUGACAGAAUGUUUUUCGGUGAAUACUAUACUCCAGACCUGUUCCCACACUGGAAGUUGAUGCGACAAGGAGGUGGAAGACCCUUCCUUCACCUAGCAAGCCCUCUGCUCCUCUGUGGCUCCUAUUGAGGGCUCUACUUUUCCACUUUGGUGGGCAAUACUGUUGCAGGCUCUCAAUGCAACUGACAUUAGAAUGGGAGGCUUUGUCCCUUGGCUUAGAAGUGAUUUUUCUUUUAACAUUUCUCCAAAGAGAUAAAGGAAGGAAAAG